AUGAUGCCAAACGCCUUUCCCGUGGCGCUCUGCUGGUUCUCUUGGCUCCACUGUGUGUUUUCCUCACAUGUAGCUUUCUCCAACUUUUCACUGGACAACGAGGCGCACUCUAGCUUCAUCCAGAGGAGACUCCGGAGCCAGGAGCGUCGGGAGAUCCAGAGGGAGAUCCUGUCCAUCCUGGGUCUCCCGCAGCGUCCUCGGCCCCUGGUCCACACCAAACAGAACGCAGCGCCCGUGUUCAUGUUGGAUCUGUAUAAAACCAUCUCUACAAACUUCCACGGGGACAACAAACCUGCAGCAGUGACCCGGGCUCCCCCUGCGCCCCUCUCUCCACAGGACAGCCACUUUCUGGAUGAGGCAGACACAGUUAUGAGUUUUGUCAAUAUGGAACAAAACGAUCGUCAGCAGCACCACCAGCAGGAGCAGGAGCAGCUUCUGACAGAGUUCAAAUUCGACUUGUCUCGAAUUCCAGAGGGAGAAGCCAUCACCGCAGCAGAAUUCAGAGUCUAUAAGGAUUUUAUUCACGAACGACACGAAAAUGAGACUUUUAUUGUUAGCAUCUACCAAGUCCUGCCCAAGUUAACAAACAGCCAGAGAGAGCUGUUGCUGCUGGAGCGGAGAGAGCUGUGGGCGAGUGAAGAUGGAUGGAUGGUUUUUGAUUUGACCGCCUCUAGUAACCUGUGGCUACUCAACCCUGAACACAACCUGGGCCUUCACCUGGUUCUGGAGGACAGGCACGGACGCAGGAGCAGCCCGGGCCUGGCGGGACUGGUGACGGGCGGAGGGUCCCAGGACAAACAGCCUUUCAUGGUCGUGUUCUUCAAAGCCAACGAAGUGCGGCUGCGGAAUGUCAGAUCGGCCCACAGGGGGCGCAACUCUCACCGUAAUAAGCCGCAGAGGACAGUGCAGGACGCUCUGAAGGCGGUGGAGGCGGCGACAGAAACACUUGGCUUUUCUAAAAAUGGCUGUCAAAAACACGAGUUAUAUGUCAGCUUCAGAGAUCUGGGAUGGCAGGACUGGAUCAUUGCUCCAGAGGGAUAUGCAGCGUAUUACUGUGAUGGAGAGUGUGCGUUUCCUCUUAACUCCUACAUGAACGCCACAAAUCACGCCAUUGUACAAACUUUGGUCCACUUCAUAAACCCUGGCACUGUCCCCAAACCCUGCUGCGCUCCCACCCAGCUGCACGGCAUCUCGGUGCUCUACUUUGACGACAGCUCAAACGUCAUCCUCAAGAAGUAUCGUAACAUGGUGGUGAGGGCGUGCGGCUGCCACUGA